UUGGGUGUGUUCAGAGUGGGCAGGCUGAGUGAACGCUGCAUCUAUCUACGACUAGACGUUUUUCGCUUUCAUUCACGUCAGAUUGAUACUCUCAAACCCGGACGUAACCAACGCCUAUUCGCCGGAGAGAAACGAUGCAGACCAUAAAGUGUGUGGUGGUUGGUGAUGGAGCUGUUGGAAAGACCUGCCUCCUCAUCUCCUACACGACCAACAAAUUCCCAUCUGAAUAUGUUCCCACGGUGUUUGAUAACUAUGCCGUAACAGUGAUGAUCGGAGGAGAACCAUAUACAUUGGGGCUUUUUGACACAGCAGGUCAGGAAGACUACGACAGACUUCGGCCUCUCAGCUAUCCGCAGACAGACGUCUUCCUGGUUUGCUUCUCUGUCGUUUCUCCUUCCUCCUUUGAGAACGUGAAAGAGAAGUGGGUACCAGAGAUCUCUCACCACUGUCCACGCACUCCAUUCCUUCUGGUGGGCACUCAAGUCGACCUGAGGGACGACAGUAACACUGUGGAAAAACUUGCCAAAAACAAGCAGCGCCCCAUAUCGCCCGAAAGUGGGGAGAAGCUGGCCAGAGACCUCAGAGCUGUGAAAUAUGUAGAGUGCUCCGCCCUCACGCAGAGAGGUUUGAAGAAUGUAUUCGACGAGGCGAUACUUGCCGCGCUUGAACCUCCCGAGACGAAACCGAAGAAACGCUGCAUCCUCUUGUAGGGAGAUCAGUAGCGAGGGAUACUCACUUCAACAUGAGGGGGUGGAGAAAACAAAAUGUUCUGGUGGGGUUUUAAGAUUGGUAGGGUUUGGCUUUGGAAUAGAGAGAGUUUAAUUGGAAAAAAUGAUGGGAACAAAAUGGCGAAAAAUGAACUGGAGAUAUUGGGCAACGAAAUGGUAUUGUAAACAAACAAACAAAUGCACACCGUGCCUUUCUAAAUCUUUCUAGAACAACAGAAGAAAUGACUGCAAUUUGAAAUCAGUAGCGCCCCUAAAAACAAAGAAUAGGUGACGAUGAAAAUAUACAGGCGAGCUUUAUGCACAUGUCUUAGAGAACAACGUAUAAAUCCACUUCAAUGCUUUAAAUGUUAUUUACGCUGCAGUUUUAUGUGAUCUGUCUGAAAAAAGUGUGACGGCACAUACAGUUUGAUUUUUAAAUCCUUCCAAAUUCUGAUGGCUGUCAAAGAUGAAUGAUUUGAGAGGCUUAACAUUUCAGAACGUUGGACGGACACGAUGGAAUUGUCAUAUGCUUUGCUCAGAGCUGCAUACGAGUGGUUAACACACAACGUCUGUAAAUGGCACAUUUCAAAAAGUGUAAAGCAAAACGUGCUGACUGCUUUUGUGACAUUUGUGCUUCUGCAGACAAUUUGUUCUUUAACCUGUGGAUAGUGUCUAUGUGCAGUAAGCUGUAUCUCAGCUUUCCUGGAUCUGUUCAGUUGAGCAUAAAACUGGCACAAAGCUACUUUAUGGGGAUUUCAUUGUCAAGUUUUUCAUUCUAGAUAUGUUGCACCAACACCACAUAUUAGGUUCUGUCUAGUAUGUGGUCAGACUGUUAAGACCUCAAGUUUUAGUAUGUACUGGACUGGAUCUGGCACAAAAGCAAGCGUAUGUGAUUGGUUUGGGCAUUCGAUUAGCUCUAAUCACUGACAAUGGCAUUGAGAUCAAUAUAACCAAUAACGAUUUUAAAUAUUUUAACAGUUGUUUGAAAACAAGCUUGUUAUACAGUUUUUGAUUGAUCAGAGUGUUAUAACCAUAUAAACCAAACUCUCUGUGGCCAGAUCCCCUCCCGAGUGUCCUGUAUUAGAUUUUUAAGAAAUGGUUAAGAGAGUUUGGACCUUAUGUGGGAGCCAAUGGCGUCUUAGUUUAAAGCAUUUGUUUCUUCCUAUAUAUGAGCCAGGCUGAUUUCUUCUGUGGUUCAUGCUCCUAGAAUCUCUCUUAAGUGCAUUUACUCUGGAGCCAUGCAGUGCCUUCUGCUGGCCGUUUAGAAAACUGAAUUUAUUUUUUGGAGUAUGAUGUAUUAAAUGUAUUACUGUUUUUCUCUUGGGUGAAUGAAUUUAGUGGUGAUGCAUUUUGAAACUUGAGUUUUUUCAAUGACUUUUUAUUUUAUUUUUUUCGCUAGAGUACCAUUUGAUUGUGAUUUAUUAAUAAAAUAACAGUUUAAAAUGUACUAUUUUGAAUAACCGAUCUUAACAGUCAUGAGAAUAAAAGGAGGAUGAUGAUGGUUGAAAAUGAGGCCUUUUCUUAGUCAAGUUCUGCGGUGUUUGCAAUCUCACUAUAUUUGUAAUAAAAGUGGUGUGACUGACACGCAA